AAAAAUUUUUAUAUACCUUUCAAUCGAAAUCAGCCGAAUUUGUCCGACGCUCUUCAGAGUUUUGUUUAUUGUGAGAAAAAUUGCUUUUUCCCGCGGAAAAUCACUGUUUGUGCCCCCAAAAGUCUCUCCGUGUAUCCCGUGGGCAGUGUUUGUGUUGUGGUGGUAGUGCUGUGAAUCCCAGAGUGGGGCAAAUUGGUGUUUUUGGGGGCGACAGCGACACAUAACCUCACAAGCUGUGAGGGGGACCUUGGGAGGGUUUUUCUGUGGCUCUCCCGGCAGCUGGGUGCUCCGGGAAGUGUUUAGUGGACUGGUGGGGUGUGCGGGAAGGUCACCCGGGUGACCAGAUGGCGAAAAUGUCAGAAUAUCGAUGUGUAAAUUACUAUGAACUGUGUCGCUUGUGCACUGGAAGUCAUGGGACAAAGGUGCACAUCUUCUCGGAGGAUGGGAAGAAGAGGAAUCUCUUCAGCAAGAUCACCGGCUGCCUACCCAUUCAGCUGAGUGAGAAGGACAAGCUGCCGAAGAUUGUGUGUGGGCAGUGCCUGCAGCAAGUGGAAUCCAUUAUGGAGUUCCGGGAAACUUGUCAGAAUGCCCAGGCGAUGCUGGAGAGUUGUCUCAAUUCCUCCAAGUUGCGCAACGAGGGUAAGGUGUACAUUAAGGAUGUUGUGGCAAAGCGCAAUGUUCUGCCAACAACGCCGGCUCUGGUGACUGUGAGGCAGGCUUCAGUGCCGAAUUCCGUGAAGACAGUGUCUGCCAUUCCGGCCAGCAAUGUCACACAGAUUAGCACGCAGAACAGUGACUUUCUCAGCAGCAUCAUCCAGGCCGUGGGCAUUCCGUCCGUGGAGGAGGGUGCUCUGGAGCAAGCCACAACGCAAUUGACGCCUCAGUAUACGCUCACCCUCGAUGGACAGACACUCAAGGCUAAUCCCAUUCAGUACAAGAUCAAGGAGGACCCGCCAACAGCUACUCUGGUCACCACUGAGCAGCAGCAGCAGCAGCAAUCUGCAUUCGCUCAAGUUGAUGAGUUUCUGAAGCUAAAGACAACAACACAAAUCGGCUCAACACAAAUCACUCGGCGAACAGUCAAAGCAGCCGUGAAGCCUCCAGAGCCUCCGAAGGCCAAAAAGCCCAAGAUUAACUUGGUUCUGGCCACGCCCACAGCUUCGCAGCAACAAGCGAAAGUCGUCACGACGCCCUCUAUCACCACAACGCCCAUGGCAGUCAGUACGAGUCCCACGAAAACGGUUCAGCUGCAGGACCUGAAGAUCUUCUCGCCCACCAACAAAUGCUUCCUGCCCAUCACAUUGAAGGACGGCAGCUCGGAUCAGCAGAUUCUCACGCAGAUUGACACCAAGAAUAUCGUACUGCCCACAGCUUUCCUGCAGAUGAAGCUACAACCGCAACUGACGACAGUUGAUGGGCAGCCUGUUGUGCAAUUGACUCCUGCUGCAAUUCCCACGAGUUUAUCCAUCUCUUCGGCUCCGCAGACCGCUCAAAUCCAGACGGCACAGACGUCUACGGUGUCCUCGAGCCUGGCAGAAGCUGUCCAAAAUGCCGAGAUCAUCUUCACGACGUCGUCAGCGCAAUUCCAGCAGCAGACACAGCAGCAGGUUCAACCGGUAAGUCAGGCCUCAACUGUGCGAAUUACUCCGCUUUCGAGUCCAGUCUCUAGCAGUCCGGCUGUUCAGAAGGCUCCACCACCCGCCACAAUCACCAUCCAGACAUCUCCUCCCAAGCCACAGAUGGCCAAGGUUACUCAACAACAAGUUCAGCAGCAGCAGCAGCAGCAGCCCAGGAGGAUCACCAUCACGAAGAAGGUCACACAAACGCCAACAACUCAAGUGCAAAUAAAGACAGAACCUGGAAAAGUCGCAACAUCGGCUGCAGUUGUCACGACAGCAUCUGCAACGACAACAACAGCAACAACAACAACCAGCAUCCGGACGGCUAACAUUCCGCCCAAUUGCACCACUUGUGACACCUGCGGCAAGACCUUCAAGCGCAAGGAGCAUCUGAUUCAGCAUCUCAAGCUUCAUGCUGGUCUCAGGCCGUUUAAAUGCGAAGAAGUUGGCUGCAACAAGACCUUCAGUCGCAAGGAGCAUCUCAUGAGGCAUGUCGUAUCGCACACGGGCAAGAAAAUGUUCAGCUGUGAAUUCUGCCACAAGUUCUUCUCGCGCAAGGACAACCUCAAUAAACACAAGAGAACCCAUUCUGAGUAUGUGAACAACGGUCCGUUCUACUGCGAAAUCUGCCAGAAGAGUUUCGUGGUGAAGAUGUACUACGUGCAACACAAGGCGAUGCACGAAAAGGACGGCACAGCUGGAAGUGUUGACGAUUCAAAGCCGAUCGCGACGUUGGUGAAGAAGGAGGCGGAUGAUGGAACGCAGGCGUCCAAUGGAGCGGGAGAGAGUGGAGUUGAGGCUGAAGAUGUGGGUCAGAGUGGUGGGGAGCAGGAUGAUCAGGGAGCUGAGGAGCAGAGUGUGGAGGAUUCGACGAUGGUCGUGAGUACGACACCAUCGAGUCAGGCCCAAAUCAUGCAAGUACACUUUACGCCCGUGACCUCGGGUCAGGGAUCUGGGGGAGGGGGAAGUGGGAUGGGAUCUCAUGACACAACAGUCCUUACUUUGCCCUCAAACAUCUCAAAUUUUGUCACUCUCAAUUCAACUCAAUUUGUGGCAUCUUCGGAUGUCAUGCAGCACUUUAAGAUUGAGAACAACUGAAGGGUGUUCGCGAGGGAGACAAACACCACUCAAAGUGAUAUAAUUUUUCUUCAAUCUUAAUGAAAAAAUUUUUACACAAUUCCCUUCUGUUCCUCUGACUUCCUUUGCGUGGAUUAUUAUCUCACGGAAAGGAAGCGAAGGGAUUGAUGCUCUGUUCACGAUUUGCAGGAUAUGCUACGGGUUUUUGAAGAAGAUUUUUUUUCAGCCAAUGGGAAGUGAGAGUGAUCAAUAUGGCUGACACUUUCUAGCAUUCUAUUAGCUAAUACACUUCUGUCAAGUUUGACAGUUUUUGCGAGAUGCAAAGCUGGAAAAAUUUGAACAGUAAUGCAAACUAUACUGAUGCAAAAAGAGACGAUUGACGCAUUUUUCUUCCUUUCGAAUGUCUUCGGAGAAAUAGGAAGAAAUAUCUCCGAAAAAAAAUGGAAAAAUAGUAAAUGAUAGAAUAGCAAGCGAGAAUUUGUAUACAAAAAAAAUCACAAUUAGACUGGACACACAUAAGAAAUGCAAUCAAAGCUGUCGAGAAAAGGCUAACCAAAGAAAAGACUAACCAAGAACCACUGAAGAAGACACGACAGGUGUCGAAAGCUCUGGUAAAUUGUGUGUUUUACUUUUGGAUUGCACUCAAUACACCGACGCUCACCGGAAGGACAUUCUGUCCUGAAAUAAGAAUAUUUUUGAGAACUGUCGUUAGGCUGUUUGUCCUGUUUGUCCGUCUGCGCGUCUGUCCGUCCGGGUGUUGUCAGCUCUAGAGGCCAAACGCUGAGAGAUAGCGAAUUGGGACCUUUAAGCAACCCCCCAAGAAGUCGCCCCAAAGAUUGUUAAUAUGCCCCUCAUUUCUUGCUCGAAAACGCGCCAUGCGUUUUUUUUUUCAUUUUUGUAUGUGUUUUAGAGGUUAUCCACACAGAAAAAAAUAUUUUGUAAAAUUGUUCGUAAAUGUUUGUGAAAUCCUAUGGAGGACUUACGAAAUGCUCGUGAAUCGUAUAAUCCACAAGCAAGUUCGUAAAAUUUUGUACUUUUUUCACAAACAUUGUUCGUAAAAUGAUCAUUUGACGAACAGUUUUUGUACUUUUACAAACAUUUGUUCGUAAAUGUUCGUAAACACACAAAAAAUGGGCUCUAUUCUGCGAAUAAAGAUAAAGUUUCAAAUCAAAAUAAAGAUUUUAAAAAUUUCAAGAUUUGGCAUUCUGCGAUCUUGGAUAAAAAGUCGAAGAAACGCAAAUAAAGAUUUCAAUAUCCUAACUGUCACUCAUGCCUUGUCAUUUUGGCAUUUUAGUCAAUCAAGCCGAUUUCUUGGUAGGAGAUAUUUUUUCUAGUUAAUUUUCACGACAAGGAGUGGAAAUUUUCUUUUAAAAUUGUGGUGGAUGAGGAAAGUCUUUCGGGUGGUAUGAAUUAGCUUAUAAAAAUGACAACUUUAAGUGGAAAAGUCCUAGAAAUAAUUUCACUUUUCUUACACUUCUUAGGUACUUUGAGAAAAAAAUAUUUCCGGAACAAAUAGAGCUUGAAAUUGAUUGAACACCAAGAAAUCAGAGGGAAUGUUUUAUAAAUUUUAGACGAUUGGAUUAAGGUGCAGAAACCCCGAAUUUCAUGUUCAAUUGUUUUUAAUGUAGAUUUAUGAGUGCACUUUUUGCAAAAUUUCUUAGAUGGAUUUACCGGUUUAAGAAUCAGGAAACAUCUCGCAGAAAAAUAGAGUUAGUUAGUCAAAAAUAAAAUUUAGACUAACUACAUACAGAGAUGCAAGGGAUCCCUUCAACUUCAAGUCAGUCAUAGAGAACCCAGAUAACUCUCAGCUACCGGUUCAUCAUUGUCAUUGUCAUUAGAUCGAAAAAUAAUGAUCAUUAUAUUAUAAAACGUAUGAGGUUCUAGAUCUAGACGAAGAAAUUCCUCUAGAUCCUAAACCUGAAGCUUCGGCACAUAAAGUACCUGUAACAAUAACGAGAGCUAGGAUUGUGUAGGAAGAAGACGACCAUAAAAAAAGAAAA